AUGAAUUGGGUGAAAAAGUGGACUGCAACGGAUAUGAAUUACCUGGAAAAUUGCAUUUUUGUCGAUGAGUCUGGAUUCAAUAUUAACAUGAGGUCUCUCAGCGGAUGGUCAUUGAAAGGAAAGCCUGCUGUUGCAGCUACUGUCACUGGUGAUUAUUUGAGGUUUCUUGAAAAAACCAUGGAUGAAAUGGAUUAUUUUCCUGAGUUAAAGGGCUACUACAUCGAUUCUCUUCAGUCCAUCGCUUCGUCUCUCGCUCUUAAAGCAGGUAUUCCUAAAGAUGAUAAUAUCACCAUGAGCAACUGGUUUUCCUCUGCUGUCUUUGAAAAUCAUUAUCGCCGUGAACAUCUCUCCCAGUUCGAUUUCUCCAACACGCUGAUUGAUAUUGACAAUGCUACUGACGAAGAUGACGACCAGUUCUUUGAUGUUGAAGACAAUAUGACAUGCAAUUGAACCAAAUAUUAUUAUUUAGACCAUUUCACUGGAUCAGCAAAUCAUAUUUUGUAUUUUGUAU